AUGGCCGAGAACUGGUUUGAUGCCGCCCGUCAAGGACAGUUCAACCGUCUCUGUUCGCUAUCUGCGUCCUGUAUUAAGUCCAGAGACUCUAGCGGAAACACCGCGCUGAUGCUUGUGGUACAGAGCGGACACACUGAGUGUCUCAAGCUUCUCGAGGAAGAGGCCACAAUGACAAACAAUUCUGGGCUUACAGCGCUUGCCAUUGCCAUAAUGUGUGGAAACAAUACGGCGUGUGCCUUCUUGGCGCCGAUGGAGGCACACAUAGUUUUGCCGUCAAAGCUCUCCAUGCUGAUGCUGGCAGCAAAGUUGGGAAACUGCGAUGCGGUGAAUUGUGUGGUCCCCUAUGCACAAGAGGAGACUAGUACUUGCUCUGAGACAGCAUUGGGCCUUGCCGUUCAAGGAAACCAUCUUGAGUGUGUCCGAACCCUUUUGAACAGGAUGCCGUACACUGUCUCAGACAUAUAUACUGUGCUAAGCACCUCUAAUACUGAUAUUAAGGUCUUACUGCUGGAGCGAUGUGACUCGUUGCUGGAGUAUGACAUGAGUGCCUCAAGGAAGUCUAUUGAGCAUGUGCCCUUCCUCCGUGAGCAAUACGAUCAGCGAAUAGCAUUCCUUAAGGAUAUUAUCUACUGUCUGAAAAUGCGUUCACAAGAGCAGAGCAACCCUUAUAACACAGCAACAGAUUGCAUUGACAUGUCUCAACUACAUGAACUUAAUAGACACAUAAAGGAUUGUCACGCGUAUAUUCAAACUCUUAAGUGUGACUUUUCUAAAUUACAACAGGAUAAGAAAUCUAUGCAGGAUGGCUAUGAAGAAAAGCUUCAACGUAUGCAAAAGAUAUACGCCAGUUCAAUUGGUUCACUGCAAGCGAAGCUUCAUACUAAGGAUCUCAGUAGCUUUCAUACUAGCGAUUCCACCAGAGAGUGCAGCAAAGUCAAUACUGUGUCCCACGAAUCUGUGACACAGACAUCUCAGUCUUUCCUGGUGGAAGGAACUACUCAAACAGAGAGUCACUCAUGUAGAGAAAUUGCCAUCGGUGAUGUGCAUGGUCCUGUAGGGGCAGUCUCUUGGGGAGGAGGGCCUGCAUUUUUGGCAGAGGCUGCGCCUUUUCAUUCACAAUUUAUGGAUGCGUGUAUCCAGACUAGUCCACUAGAACGUUCAUUGAGUAGCGAUGUUCCUCGUUCUGACCUAUCUGAAGCUGAUCACGUUUCUCCUGACGCCUCAUUAGCCCAAGAUGAUAGUAGCCUUCAACAGCAACUGCUUGAAAAGACGGCAGAAGUGCAAGCCCUCUCAAAUGAGCUCGCUAUUAUGCAGAGCACAAUUGAGCACAUAUUUGUCACCCAGUCGCGCGAAUUGUCCGCAAAGGAUCUUGAACUGGAGCAGGAGAUAGAAAUAUUUACCGAGCGCAUUUCGACGCUCAGUGAGGACAAUCUUAGGUUGGAAAAGCAAAAUAGAACCCUUCAGGAAGAAAACACCUUACUCUCUGAGAGAAUCAAGAAAGUGGAGAACACAAACGAGGAUUCUAGCGCUAUCCCUGCAGAUUCUGUUACUCGUUUGCCAUCACCUUCUGUUAAUGACGACCUUGGUAUUGCUUUUCCGCACAGAGACGAAGCAGGAAUACAAACAGAUCCUUCUUACUGUCUUGUAUCUGUUAAGAUAGGAGACGACAGAGCAAUAACAGAGCCUUUGCUCCCUCUGCAACAAGCCUGGCUGGUAAUCCCUGGUCAAAGAAAAAGCCCAGCCGACUCCCUAACUCCACUUCCUGUUCUAGAUGUUACGCAUCGCUCCUGCCAAUCUUGUAUGGACACCAAUGAGGCCUGCUGCCAGGCGGUUGUAAUAGAUAACACCACGGUGGCUUUGCGUCAAGAGAUUGAGCUUGCAUGCCAGCAAGUUGAGGAGUUUACCGAUAGAAGAGCUUCCAGGACAUCAAUGUUUGUAGAGUCAGCAGAGAAGAUGCUGAGCACAGAAGACCCCGGAGAGGUCAUUACUUGCAAUCAGUCUGAUGACAGCGCGCUCGUGUAUAGGAUAGAAAAGCUUGAACAAGCGCUGAGAGACAAAGACGCUGAACUCUCACUUGCCAACGAUAAAAUUGCACGAUUAGAAACCAUUGAGACAAAGUGUACUACUCACUCACACUCUAAAAAAGAUGAGGCUGCCUUAGUUCUACCAUCUAGUCAAGCACGGAGCGAUACAGAGUGCGCGCAGCUUCUUUCAGCUGUAUGUGUUCCCUCACCACAAGCCAAUCUCCUAUCGAUUUCUCCCUCAUCUAUUGAAGAAGAAAAUCGAGAGCUGCGGAAUCAGGUUGAGUCACUGCGCAGACGAAUGAUUCAACUCACACAUUCGUCACGCAAGUCCAUAGCACCCAUCAUAAUGGCGUCAAACACACUUACAUCGGCAUCUUCUAAGCUGUGUCAACUUGCACAAAGGUUGAAGGAGCUUCUAGAUAACCCCCACAACACGGCACCCAAAGUUGAUGACAAGACACUUAGCUUUAUCGAAGAACUUACUACCGAAAUUUUGGAGUAUUCUACGUCUAUACAGUCUGCUCUGCAAGACAGUGCCGCAGCUGGACCUAUGCAAACACCUUCAGUACAUCAGGAUCUUCUUCUGAGCGACGCUGUAACUCUAUCUCAAGACAGUACCAAUACAGAUUUAAUGGAGGCUGCCAUACUAGACAAUGUAGACGUGGCCUCACUUUUCCUGAACCAAGUGGGCAGAAGAAACGUGGACGGUGAAACGGCACUCAUGAUUGCGGCGAAGCACAACAGCCUUGAAGUGGCUAAGCUUCUUGCACAGCACGAGGCAAACUGUGUUCGAAAAGACGGCAUGACAGCCUUAGCCAUUGCACUGUACAACAAGAACCUGGAUAUGGCUAUGCUACUAAGUGAUUAUGAAGGUCCAAGUAACAACCUAACGAGUGACUCUCCAGGCAGCACUGCGAGACCCAUCGAUGCACUGAUUCUUGCAGCUAGACACAAUGAUGUCAUCUCAACGUGGACCCUACUUAAGACUCACGCCCGUUACCAGGAUGAUCAGGGAAGGACUGCUCUUAUGCAUGCAGCCGAACAUGGGUUUGACAUUAUUGUGCACCUGCUGGCCGGGUCUGAGGCAGGGAUGCAAGAUGUUGAUGGAUACACAGGGCUUAUGAUUGCAGCAAAUUUGGGGUACACCCUAGUCGUAACCGAACUCCGUAACUGUGAGGCAGGAAUGCAAUGUGCACGUGGAUAUACAGCACUGAUGUAUGCUGCAGCUGCAGGACAUAAGGCUGCAGUGGCUGCCCUAGCGCCUUUUGAGGCUGGUAUUCAAACAAGUGUAUCGAAAAGAAAUACCACCACCAGCCCCACUACGGGCUACUCUGCAGAUGAGAUAAGUGAUACUACUGGAAUAACCGCGCUUAUGUUGGCCGUGGAGGCAGGGUCAGUUGAUUGUGUGAAUGUACUCUGGCCGCUCGAACACCAUAUCACUGACGCCCAGGGGAUGGCAGCCAUUCACUAUGCUUGCUCUGAACCUAUGAGGAACUUGCUUCGCAGCUACCAAUGA